AUAUCUUUGGGCUCCGAAGUCCCAAACUCUAUGGCAAAGCAUUCCUCCGUCAAGCGUUAUAUACACACACACACUCUCUCUAUCACCAUAUAAAACUUAGUCACCGUCCUAAAACGACUCCAUACUGUCUCUCCUCUGGUUUAGGGUUCAUAAUUUGGGAAGGGUGUCUGAUCGGAGAAGAAAUGUCACAGACAGGAAAGAUAAUGCCGAAUCUGGACAAGCACAGUACAAAACUCCUAAAUCUCACCGUGCUUCAGAGAAGAGAUCCAUCCAUUGAAGAGAUCUUGAUCACCGCCACUCACGUCACCUUCUACGAAUUCAACAUCGAACUCAACCAAUGGAGUCGCAAGGACGUUGAAGGUUCUCUCUUCGUCGUUAAGAGGAAUACUCAGCCUCGAUUCCAGUUCAUUGUUAUGAACCGGCGCAAUACAGAUAAUCUCGUGGAGAAUCUCUUGGGGGAUUUUGAGUAUGAAGUUCAAGUUCCGUAUCUGUUGUAUCGGAAUGCAGCCCAAGAAGUUAAUGGUAUCUGGUUCUACAAUUCAUAUGAGUGCGAGGAUGUUGCAAAUCUUUUUACCAGGAUACUCAGUGCAUACUCAAAGGUUCCUCCGAAGCCAAAAAUAUCUUCAAGCAAAAGUGAGUUUGAGGAAUUUGAAGCUGUCCCAACCAAUGCGGUGAUUGAAGGACCGGUGGAACCAUCACUUACUGUCUCUACCUCCGUAGAUAUACCUGAAGAUUCUUCUUUAUUGAGCUUCUUUGGUAGAGCUAUGAAUAUCGGACACAAUGCUUCAAAUGGGAUGAUUUCUGGAAACCCCUACUAUGCUUCCACGACUUUUCCUUUAUCUUCCCAUGUCCCCGGUGUUCCCUCUCCUGUGCCACCAGCCCAAGAAAUUCCAUCCUUUCCACUGUCGGCUUCAUCAGCUCCUCCAAUGCAUCUAUAUGAUACUUCUGACCAAAUCAACAGUGGCAAUCAGGUCACCAGUCUUGUCAAGCCUUCUUUGUUCUUUACACCCCCUACUUCCUUAUCAGCAUUGAUGCCAACACCUCUUUCUUCACCUAUGCACACUGCUGCUCUUCAACCUCCCUUAAAUCUGCAAAGUCCGCAUGGCACUCCAUUGCUCCAACCCUUUCCGCCACCUACGCCAUCACCGUCUCUUACUCCCAAUUCUACUCUAACUCCAAUUCAUGGACUGGUGAACAGAGACAAAGUUCGUGAUGCAUUUCUAAUACUUGCUCAGGUAUUCUAGGACAAUCAAUUCAUCGAUAUGUUCUACCAAGCAUUGCUGAAAGGGCAUCAAUCAUGACUACAUAAAACUGCCGCGACUUUAUCGGUAGAUUUCUAUGAGUACCCUAUGAGAAGUUAGCAGUUCUGUAUAUAAGCUCUUUACUUGGUCCAUGUGGAGCAAAGUUUCGCAGUUUCUCAGUUAUCCUUAGGGUUGCACCCACAUGCUCGGUUAGGUCUAUAUCUUUAUUUCUCUUUUGAUUGUUGCUUGAUACAUAAUUGGGGUUUUCUCAAUGUGGGUUGAUUGGUUAAGUAGUUGGCAUUGUGUCAGUCUGUCAAACUAGUUGUGUUCAAAUUAGUGUUAAUAUGGCAUGAAGUUGUGUUUGUUUCAGGAGGAAACUGUAAAUCAAGUUAUCAGAGCUGUAAAUCAAGUUGUUUGCUUGGUGGAAGUUCUGCUGACAAUCAUACGUGAUACCUUUUAAUCACUUGUUAAGAGUUAAAAUCUCUCUCUCUCUCUCUCUCUCUCUCUCCAGAUUGUUGGUAACUUGUCGGACAAGAACAAAUUAUUCUUUAGCAUUAUGUAGUUUCCAGCAUGUUGUUUAAUG